CUCCUGUUCUCGCCCAGGCAAGGAUGGUACCUCCACCUCCCACCAACAAGCCCCACGUGUGCCUUUCCACCAUCCUGAUCAUGAGCAGCAUGGCGCUGAUCGAUGCCUACCUGGUGGAGCAGAAUCACGGCCCGCGCAAGAUCGGCAUCUGCAUCAUGGUGAUGGUGGGAGACAUCUGCUUCCUGAUCGUCCUGCGCUACGUGGCGGUGUGGGUGGGCGCCGAGGUACGCACAGCCAAGCGAGGCUACGCCAUGAUCCUCUGGUUCCUUUACAUCUUUGUGCUGGAGAUUAAAGUCUACUUUGUGUAUCAGAACUACAAAGCAGACAGGAAGAGUCUGGACGCGCUGGCGAGGAAAGCGUUGACGUUGUUGCUGUCUAUUUGCAUCCCGGUGCUGUUUAUAGUCCUGGUCGCCAUCGACCACAUGGAGUACGUCCGAGCCUUCAAGAAGCGCGAGGAGAUCCGUAACCGCCUCUUCUGGGUGGUGGUGGACCUGCUGGACAUUCUGGACAUCCAGGCCAACCUGUGGGAGCCUCAGAAGAAGGGUCUCCCCCUGUGGGCCGAGGGCCUGAUGUUCUUCUACUGCUACAUCCUGCUGCUGGUGCUGCCCUGCGUGUCCCUGAGCGAGAUCAGCAUGCAGGGCGUCAACAUCGUGCCCCACAAGAUGCUCCUGUACCCCAUCCUGAGCCUCGUCACCAUCAACGUCAUCACUCUGUUCAUCCGCGGGGGGAACAUGAUCCUGUACAGGGACGCCCGCGUGUCCGGGAUCCUCAUAGGAAAGAACGUGCUGGCCAUCAUCCUAAAGACCUGCAGCUUUGUGCAGUAUAGGAGACAGUUACAGAACGCUUCUCCCGCCUUCGGGGUGGAGCUGCAGAAAAACUCGGUGGCCCACGCUCGCCCUGCCCCCACCCCCCCUCAAGUGGUCAUGCAGGACCAGACACCCCUCCCCGAGAUGACGACGUGUGAACACACAUGACAGAGAGACGAGGUGACUCCUCCAAACGUCUGUAUGAAUGUGACCCUGUGGACGCCGUCAGGGCUCCAUGUCCCACGCCUCUCAGGGCAUGUGAACGCUCCUGUGAACACGCAGGCGGUAGCGUUCUCCUCUACAGGCACACAGGACGCUGCGGGCGCUCAGUGACUACGGAGUGAUGCUGAAUCCAAAGCUGUCAUGGUGCAAAAAAAACCAGCAUCGGUUGUGACUUUGUGUGAACAUUCAGUAAACUGUGUAUUUUUUCUAAUUGUACAAAAGAAGAAGAAAAAAAAAAGGCAACUACUGCGAGACUAGAGGAUAUAUUUUUUGAAUUGUGUGUGUUGCAUUCUAAUCUUAAAUCUAAAGGGUCUGUGUGCUGUGGUGUGUAUUUCUGUAGCUCGAAUGUUCUCCGUAGUUGAAGGCUUUAACAUGUCAGAGUCAGAGAGAGAGAGAGAGAGAGAGAGAGAGAGAGAGAGAGAGGGAGUGUGUGAGAGAGAUAGAG